CAAAGAUGGCUGCCACAGCGGCGCUGUCAUUUUGGUACCGAGGAGAGGGAAGCGCCUAACUCUGAUCCCAGUUCAGGCCCAGUCUUUUCUCCUCGGGGAUUUCCUGUGCUCAGUUAGUCCCUCGACCAAACCUUUGGGAAUCCCUGGCACAUCUUCAUCCCUACACUUAGCCAGGGAGCAUGUCUUGGGCCGCUCGCCCGCCCUUCCUCCCCGAGCGGCAUGCCGCGGGGCAGUGUGGGCCGGUGGGGGUGCGAAAAGAAAUGCAUUGUGGGGUCGCGUCCCGGUGGCGGCGGCGGCGGCCCUGGCUGGACCCGGCGGCGGCGGCGGCGGCAGCGGCGGCGGCGGCCGGAAAGCAACAAAGCCCGGAGCCGGAGCCGGGGGAGGCUGGACGGGACGGGAUGGGCGACAGCGGGCGGGACUCCCGAAGCCCAGAUAGUUCCUCCCCAAACCCCCUGACACAGGGGAUCCCUCCUCCUUCUCCUCCUGGGCCACCCCUGCCCGCUUCAGCAGCUCCAUCCCUUGGGGGCUCUGGGGCUCCACCCCCGCCUCCAAUGCCACCCCCUCCGCUGGGCUCUCCCUUCCCUGUCAUCAGUUCUUCCAUGGGCUCCCCUGGCCUGCCCCCUCCAGCUCCCCCAGGAUUCUCCGGGCCUGUCAGCAGCCCCCAGAUUAACUCCACAGUGUCGCUCCCUGGGGGUGGGGCUGGCCCCCCUGAAGAUGUGAAGCCACCUGUCUUAGGGGUCCGGGGCCUGCACUGUCCACCCCCUCCAGGUGGCCCUGGAGCUGGCAAACGGCUUUGUGCAAUCUGCGGGGACAGAAGUUCAGGCAAACACUAUGGGGUGUACAGCUGUGAGGGCUGCAAAGGCUUCUUUAAACGCACCAUCCGCAAGGACCUGACCUAUUCGUGUCGCGACAACAAGGACUGCACGGUGGACAAGCGCCAACGGAACCGCUGCCAGUACUGCCGCUACCAGAAAUGCCUGGCCACAGGCAUGAAGAGGGAGGCGGUACAGGAGGAGCGUCAGCGGGGGAAGGACAAGGAUGGGGAUGGGGAGGGGGCUGGGGGAGCCCCCGAGGAGAUGCCCGUGGACAGGAUCCUGGAGGCAGAGCUUGCUGUGGAGCAGAAGAGUGACCAGGGCGUGGAGGGCCCUGGGGGAACCGGGGGUAGCGGCAGCAGUCCAAAUGAUCCUGUGACUAACAUCUGCCAGGCGGCUGACAAGCAGCUGUUCACACUGGUUGAGUGGGCGAAGAGGAUCCCACACUUUUCCUCCUUGCCUCUGGAUGACCAGGUCAUAUUGCUACGGGCAGGCUGGAAUGAACUCCUCAUUGCUUCUUUCUCCCACCGGUCUAUCGAUGUCCGAGAUGGCAUCCUCCUGGCCACAGGUCUUCAUGUGCAUCGCAACUCAGCCCAUUCUGCAGGCGUGGGAGCCAUCUUUGAUCGGUCCCUCUCCAGGGUGCUGACAGAGCUAGUGUCCAAAAUGCGUGACAUGAGGAUGGACAAGACAGAGCUUGGCUGCCUGAGGGCAAUCAUUCUGUUUAAUCCAGACGCCAAGGGCCUCUCCAACCCGAGCGAGGUGGAGGUCCUGCGGGAGAAGGUGUACGCGUCCCUGGAGACCUACUGCAAACAGAAGUACCCUGAGCAGCAGGGACGGUUUGCCAAGCUGCUGCUACGUCUUCCUGCCCUCCGCUCCAUUGGCCUUAAGUGUCUAGAACAUCUGUUUUUCUUUAAGCUCAUUGGUGACACCCCCAUUGACACCUUCCUCAUGGAGAUGCUUGAAGCUCCCCACCAGCUGGCCUGAGCCCAGACUCCAGUUUGGGCCAUCUCAGCCUGAGGAGGGCAUCUGUGACGGAGCAUCUGCGCCUGGGGCGGGGCUGUGUGCCACACAGGACCUGGGUGGGGUGAACCGACACCUCCACCAGGACCCGUAAACCCUGCACAUGGGUUACUUGGGGUCCUAUCAGAAGGGAUCCCAGUUCCCCAUGGGGACUGGAUGACUCCCUUCAGUGGCCUUGAGUCUCUGAAGCUGUUAGGAUCUGCCAUGGUUUGGGGUCAUUUCUCAACCCCAGUUUCCCCAGCACAAAGCACUGGCCCUGCUCCUCGGACUUUGUUUCCUGCUCAUCUUGCCUCACUUUGUUCCCCAUCUGGAAAGUAGGAAUGAAGGAUUCCUCUAGAGAUGAAUGUUGGGGGGCAGGCUCCCCCAUAGGCUGAAGGACAUGAGAGUAGGGCUCUGGCAGGCCUCUUUGGGGGCCUCUCUGGAAGAAGGACAUGGCCCUGUGCCUGUGCUGGUAGAGCCCCUUGAGCUUCUCAAGUCAGACUGAAAAAUAAAAGCCCAUGGUGGUGGUGGUGAGGGGUUGGUAGAGGUACAGAGACCAGUCUAUUUUUAAUUUCCUCUGAGGAUAGAGACUUGCAGUUAGACUCAAAGAAGUACUGUACUGUUCCAGGUCGACUAAGGAAUGCCAGUGGUGAAAGUGGGUGUUGGGGACUGGGAGGGCUCUGGCCUCCCAACUUUGCUGUCCCACACCUGUGGACUAGGAGGAAUGGGCCUGGGCCUUUUCCCCAGCCCUCCUAGAGCUGGGCCACAAGGACACCUUAGGCUCACAGGCUCCAGGGCCCAUAGUCGAGGGGAGGUGGCCAGCCUGCAGAGAGGGGGGUGCUGGAGUGCAUGAUCUUUUGCCCUGCAUUUCAUCUCUUUGGGGUUCCUUUCCCCUCUUUCACUCACAUGAAAUCGCUUUCAAAUUAAAAACGCUGUUUUUCUGGA